AUGGUAACCGUUAAUCAGCAGAACUUUCGUUAUUGGUCAGAUGAAAAUCCAAAAUUAAUGCAUGAGAGACCAUUACACAGUCCCAAGUUGACAGUUUGGUGUGCUGUGAGCAGUACAGUUGUUAUUGGUCCAUACUUUUUUGAAGACGACAACGGGACCACUGUAACUGUAACCUCGGAACGUUGUAGACAGAUGUUCACUGAAUUCUUCCUACUUGAACUAAGAAGAAAACGUAUUCCUAUCCGGCAAGUAUGGUUUCAGCAGGACGGGGCGACAGCUCACACAGCAAGAAAUUCAAUGGAAGCAAUUCGGGCUGUUUUUCGUGGUCGCAUCAUUUCUCGGUUUGGUGACAUUGAUUGGCCUCCUCGUUCCCCAGACCUGUCCAUGUGCGACUACUUCUUGUGGGGUUUCCUCAAGUCACGUGUUUACCAGCAUAAACCACGUACACUUCAAGAACUAAAGGAAGCAAUUCGUGUGGAAGUCGAACAAAUUGGCAGGGCAAUGUUAGAAAGAGUAGAAGCCAACUUCCGAGAGCGGCUUGUAAAUUGCAUCGCUGAAAACGGCCAUCACCUGUCAGAUGUUGUUUUCAAACAUUAA